CAUACAGUCAGUUACUAUGUCAACUCUGAGACCGGUAUAGUUUCAUGAGUUUCUUGUGUUCUUUUAACUGGAAAUAUAAUUAUGAUGCGGUCCAUUUUGAUCGUGGCGAUUUUACUGUCAAUAGCAGCUGCUUAUUAUAUUUAUCUACCUCUGCCCAGCACUAUAUCAGAGCCAUGGAAACUCAUGUUCAUGGAUUCAAUAUUGCGUGGUGUAAUGCAUGUGAGCUUUUUAGCUCACAAUCUUGGACUGAGUCGACCUUUUGAUAUUGCAAAGUAUGCUGCAUCAUGGGAUGAAAUAAAGGGUCCACAGUCCAGCCCAGCAAUCCGAGUCACGGAAACGUCAUUUGGAGGAGUGCACGCACAAGUGUUUGAGUCCACAGCAGCAGACCAAGAGCCACAUUUGAAAAGAGGUGUGAUCUAUUUCCAUGGAGGUGGAUGGACACUCGGCAGUGGAAAGAUGCAAACGUAUUACCUUCAGUGCUGGUCUAUGGCUGAAGAGUUGAAUGCAGUUGUAAUAUCAGUUGAGUACAGGCUGGCCCCGGAGGCACGUUUCCCAGAUCAGUAUAACGAAGCCGUUCAGGCCUCCAAACACAUCCUGACAGCCGAGGUGUUGAGUCAGUACUCCAUAGACCCGAAACGAGUGGCUGUGUCAGGUGACAGCGCUGGUGCCAAUCUGGCUGCUGCUGUGGCGCAACAGAUGGCUUUGGACAAUAGUGCUCCUAUUAAGUUCAAAGUUCAGGCCCUUCUCUACCCCGCGCUUCAGGCCUUGGACUUCAACACCCCCUCGUACCAGCAGAACGGCCACAUUCCCAUCCUUCACCGUCCGCUCAUGGCUCGCUUUUGGCUGGAGUACCUAAACGGGGAUCCAAGACUUGUUACGUCUUUGCUGGUAAACAACCACACAACUCCAACUCCAAGCCAGGAGAUAGCAGUGGCCAAAGCCAAGACCGACUGGACCAAGCUUCUUCCGGUGGCCUUCCAGAAGAACUAUAAACCCGUGGUUCCGCUUCACGGUGACUCAAAGCUGCUGGAGAAGCUGCCAGGCCUGCUGGAUGUGAGAGCGGCGCCUCUACUAGCUGAUACAGAAGUGCUGAAGGCCGUGCCGCCCGCUUACAUCAUGACCUGUGAGCAUGACGUGCUGAGAGACGACGGACUCAUGUACGCCACGCGACUGGAGGAGGCCGGAGUGGACGUCACUGUUGAUCACUUUGAAGAUGGUUUCCAUGGAUGCCUCAGUUUCGCUUUUGGACCCUUUCGGUUUUCUGUAGGGUUUCGAAGUUUUAGGAGCUACACCCGCUGGUUGAAGGAGAACCUCUAGCAGAGCCACGGGGGUGGGGGAUUUUUAGACUUAAAAUACUGUGCAACAUGCCAAUGCAAUAGAUUAUGAAUGAGGAGAAAAGCACACCGAUUAAGCCCAAACUAUGUUUUAGUAACAAUACACAAUUGUUUUAGUAGCAGUGGGUUUAUAGUGCAUGUAAUGCCACAUAAAGCAGGAUAAUCCAGAUUAUACAAAGGGGUUUUCCGAAUGUGAAUCCAUCUCUAUUCAUUCUUAAGUGUCAUGGAAAUUAUUUUAUGUUGUUAAUAUUUUAUGUGAUGAAGAUUAUAAAAAUCUGCGGAGUGUGACUGAAGCAAAUUGACGAUUUCUAUUAAAAAAUAUUAAAUAUAUAUAUAAAAAAAGAAAAUAUAUAAUUUAUAAAAGUAUUAAAAAUGACCAGUUAGAAUGUAAUUUUUCUAUUAAUCUGCAGAGAGUGACCAAAAAAAAAAAAAAAAAAAGUUAGACAGUAGUUGUUCUAUAAAUAUACAAAUACAUAUAUAUAUAUAUAUAUAUAUAUAUAACAAGUGUCAAAGCAAAGUGAAAACAAGUAAAACAAGACACUAGUUUUCAAGACCCAGUAGUUCUCAUAUUUCUCAGUUAAUGAGCAGAUGGGAAGACAAGACAGUUCAUGUCUUUCACACUCAAGACUUGCAGCGGUAUACAUUUUUAUCUAUGCGCACACACAAGCAUGCAAUUGUGCUCUCUGCCCUAGUUUUGUGCAGCUGCAUCUAGGCAUGACGUCUGCACAGAUGUGCAUCACUAAGCCUCAAGGAGUAGACUCAUUUCUUACUGAGUGAUACAUUCUGAAUGCAUGCAUUUAUUUCCUUGGGAAACAAACCAUUACUGUAUCUCUGAUUUUCAGAGCAGAAUCUGUGAAACAGCAUAUAAUAAUUAUAAUAAUCAUAUAUUUUAUUCAACAUACAAGUGUGUAUUUGAAACAAUUUGUGUAAUACUCUUGGACAGGUUUACCAUAAAAAAUAAUGAGUUCGGUUCCACAUCCUCAGGCCAUACUGUACCUUUGUUUGGGUCUGUUUAUGCUGUCAGUGCAUUUCAUAUUUACACACUUCCAUCAAAUUCCACUGUAUCAUCAACAUGGAUGUAAAAUGGCGUUAAAAGUCAUUUUUGUUGUUAUAUUAUAUGUGAAUAUGUAUGAUAUUCCUGAAUCAUGAAAAUGAAG